AUGGAUUCCAAUUCGCCUCCCAAGAACGAUCACCCGAUGGAGUGUUCGACUCCCAUCAAUGCCGAUAUGCUGAACGACCAGAAACGUCGCAGGAAGUCUGUAGGAAAUGCGUGCCUACGGUGUCAGGCGGAAAGCAAAAAGGACACCCUUGGGCGACAGGACUGCGUGGUCGUGUGGGGCGAGUGUAACCACUCGUUCCACCAUUGUUGCAUGUCCCUGUGGAUCAAGCAGAACAACCGGUGUCCACUGUGCCAGCAGGAAUGGUCCAUCCAGCGCAUGGGCAAAUGAAACGGUCUACAUCGCGUCCACAUCCAUCGACAGCACCUCUCCUGGGAGUUUUAGCGAGGACAGAUCUGGUUGAUCGAACAGACCUCGUUCUAAUAAAAGCCACACCAACAAAAAGACAGACUGGUGAAACAGACG